ACAGUUGUAUUAAUAAGCAGAAAACGUAACAGGAAAAGGUGAUAGAACCUCGCAUAGUCCAAUCAGAAACGUUUACGGUCAGUGCGAAGUUAUGUAGUCUAGUGGCAAGUGUCAGGGAGGGUGGCUUAGUGUCGUAGUCUGUCAAUUGGACAUAUUAGUUAAAUACAUUAACGGAAUUUAAUGAGUUUCCUGUAAACUGUUGUUCGGAAACUUAUCUAGCUAGCUAGAUAGGUUUACUGCUACUCGAAGCAUGGCAUCUACACCUGAAGAAAACGAGAAAGAAAAGGCUCGCUCCGUGUCUGUAGACCUGAACAGCGAUGCCUCUCUGCUCAUCGAUAUUCCCGAUGCCCUUUGCGAACGUGACAAGGUCAAGUUCACCGUCCACACCAAGACAACGCUGGGAACCUUCCAGAAGCCAGACUUCUCCGUGCCUCGGCAGCACGAGGACUUCAUCUGGCUGCACGACACGCUGGUGGAGACGGAGGACUACGCAGGCCUCAUCAUCCCGCCGGCUCCCCCCAAGCCCGACUUCGAGAGCCCGCGGGAGAAGAUGCACAAGCUGGGGGAGGGCGAGGCCUCCAUGACCAAGGAGGAGUACACCAAGAUGAAGCAGGAGCUGGAAGCUGAGUACCUGGCGGUGUUUAAGAAGACUGUCCAGGUCCACGAAAUCUUCCUCCAGCGCCUGUCCUCGCACCCCAUCCUCAGCACGGACCGCAACUUCCAGAUCUUUCUGGAGUACGAUCAGGACCUGACCGUGCGGAGAAAGAAUGCCAAAGAGAUGUUCGGCGGCUUCUUCAAGAACAUGGUGAAGACCGCGGAUGAGGUCAUCAUCUCAGGGAUAAAGGAAGUUGAUGAGUUCUUUGACCAGGAGAAGACCUUCCUGCUCGAUUACUUCAGCAAAAUCAAGGACUCAACAGCCAAAGCUGAGAAAAUGACCCGCUGUCAUAAAAAUGUGGCUGACGAUUACAUUCACGUCUCUGCUACGCUGAACAGCCUUUCUGCUGAUGACAACACAGCGCUGAAACAGCAUCUGGAAAAGCUGGCCGACCUCUUUGAGAAACUCAGGAAAGUGGAGGGCCGAGUGGCCUCAGAUCAGGAGCUGAAGCUGACAGAGCUGCUGAGAUACUACAUGAGGGACAUCCAGGCUGCCAAGGACCUCUUAUACAGGCGCGCACGUGCUCUGGCCGACUACGAGAACGCCAACAAGGCCUUGGACAAGGCCCGGCUGAAGAGCAAAGACGUGGCCCAGGCUGAGGAGCACCAGCAGCAAUGCCUGCAGAAGUUCAACAAGCUCUCCGAGUCUGGCAAGAAAGAGCUCACCAGUUUCAAGGGAAGGAGAGUGGUGGCUUUCCGGAAGAAUCUAAUCGAGUUGGCCGAACUGGAGAUCAAACAUGCCAAGAACAACGUCUCCCUCCUUCAGGGCUGCAUUGAGCUGCUGAAGAGCAACUGACGGCAGUCAUGUGAUCUGAAUCACAUGACCUACCGUUUGCCUCCCCAUGGGGUCAGGUCACCAGCCAAAAACCUGCGCCCCCCCCCCCCCUUCCCAUCCCCCCCAUUCACACACUCACAAGUUUACACUUUACCCCCCCUCCACACCCUGCACAUUUCACACACCUGUCAUGUCCCCCGCAGCUCAUGGCUGUGGGUAUGGAGUAUUGCGUUCUGUCGGCUCUGUAGCUGGGAUCUCAAACUCCCAGCCCUGUGUCACUGGCUUUCCUGGUAGCGCUUCAGCACUGAACCCAUUUCAUCCCAAAUUUUCCCCAGGCCUGUCUGUGCACAAUUUGUAUUGUCUUUGUAACGCCAAAGAAGCGUCCAGGAGAAGCAUGUGAAAUUUAUUUUUGUUGUAUUUGCAGUUACAAUUUUAUCAGUGGGAUUAAAAUGGGUUUAGAAAUUAAGUAAUUUAUUGGCUACAGAGUCCACCCACCUCGUUACCAAGACCUAAUCUGCAGACACUGCCACUGUGCAGGACUGGAGUUAAACCUGCAGACACUCUGGCUCUCCAGGACUGGAGUUAAACCUGCAGACACUCUGGCUCUCCAGGACUGGAGCUAAACCUGCAGAUACACUGGCCCUCCAGGACUGGAGUUAAACCUGCCAGUUCUUAUGGCCAUUCCCAUGUUAUUCCACUAAUGAUCUGAACUGUGGAUCUUUCUGGUCCUUUUCAUUUCUUGCCUUGCUGCACGCCUUUGGAACCAUUGGUCGGAUAAUCUGCAAAGAAAGGAGUGUUUGACUUUGAGGGUCUUUCCCGCCCAGGUACAUCUGCUUUUCCUCCGUGGCCCGUUAAAUGGCGGGAUCGGCUGUACCGCCAGGCCGUCUGCGGCCGCGACUUCCGGCUCGGGGGCCAGAACGGCCUUCGGUGUUGGCUUUAGUCUUAAAGGACUUUUCCGCUUCUCUGUACCUGUGCCUAAGGUUCUCCUUGACUCUGGAAAGUUCCUCUUGUAAAAACAAAAAAAAGGGGCCUGUUUUCCGAUCGUAUGGAUCAGGCAGUUAGGCAUAAAAAACUCAGUGGCUGGUGGUGUUCGGUGUUAAUUGUGAGGCCAAGUUCAGACAGUCAUACAAAAUGGAGAUAAGCAUUUAGUAGAGGACAAUAGUGGGACCACAAACUGUAGAGUAACAGUCGAAUAAUUUUGUGUGUCUAAAAAGCUUUCUAUACCUGCGGUAUAUUGCAACAAUUUAGUGCCUUAUUACAGUUCACAUUUACUGUAGAUUCUGAGUGACCAACAAUCACUACAAGUGUGGCCACUGCCUCCCUUGUGAUGUUUUCCUGCCAAGACUGAUGGUGCCACUGGAACACAGAUACUGAAAUGAUCAAACUUGAAUUGUCAUGUGGCACAUUGGCACUCUUGCCUGAAAUUUCCUGAAUUCAUGUUUUAAUCAAUUAAAAAAAUUAAUUUGGAAAUUUGGAAAAACUGGAAUAAGAAAGUAUUCCAUCGUGUAAUCAUGUCACACGUGUGACAAUCGGCACUCAAAGUUGAGCAUUUAAAAGCCUUUCCCCUGCAAGAACUGCUUUCGUAGCUCUUCUUUUUCCAAUAUUAAAGGGAAAUGAGUCACUCACUCCUGACUCCUCUAACAAAAGGAACUCGUACAGAAAUCAUUUUUUGCUGUGAAGGUCUGUGUGGAUACACAGUUUUCAGAGGCUCUCUCAAGGCCAGCCUGGACUUGAAUUUGCAUUUUGUCUGAACUGUAAAUGUGACAGUUUUACCAUUGGUGUGCCAUGAAAUGUGUGCGAAAGUACAUCAUACAUAAGCAUAAAGUUACACUUGCCUACUCUACUCCUCGGGUAAUUUUUGGAUAUAUAAGCGUUACAGUACAGAGAACCUCAUCUGAAAUAAUUUUUCAUUUAUCCUAUUACAGCCUGGAUUUAAUAUUACAGCCACAUGCUUUUUUUGUCCUUGAGUUGUGAAUUUAAAUGCAGGUUUUGCAUUUUUACCCUCUCAUUUAGUAAGUAAAUUAAGGUUAGAGUUUGGGUAGAUUAGAAGACUGACUCAGCCAUUUUGUGCUCUUAAUGGCCAGUUUUUUUUUUUUGUUUUUUUUUUGUUCUCCUGUUUUUUCCCAAUUUGUGCCUGCUCAUCCCUGUAACCUCCUCUGUCGGGUUAGAUGCGCGUGGACAUGCACGCAGCUUUUUUCCUCUCUACAUUCCUCCUCUUGAGCUCCCGCAGACGUUGAGUCAGAGGAGGACUCUUCAUGAGUGCCUUGUACAGGCAGACCUAGUGCUCCCAGUUGACCAGAGGGGGCGCUGGUGUGCGAUCAGACACGGACUGAAAUCCGCCGACUGAAGUCUCUCCCUUCGCCGGGGGGGGGACAGUGCAGCCAGUUACACCCCACAGCCGACACUGGCACGGUCCAGCUAGAUGCCAGUGUGGCCAUUUUUCCCUUCCGCUGUUGCUUGUUUUUUUUCUGCACUGUACACCUUUGUCUGCUGUGUUUUUAAUUUCCAUCUCAUAAAGACACUGAUAACAGGAGGACAUCCUCCCACUAUAACCUGCCACAGGGCAGCAGUGCAAGCUGGGAAAUCCUCCCACCAUGUGACCUGCCACUGGGCAGCAAUGCAAGCUGGGAAGUCCUCCCACCAUGUGACCUGCCACUGGGCAGCAAUGCAAGCUGGGAAGUCCUCCCACCAUGUGACCUGCCACUGGGCAGCAAUGCAAGCUGGGAAGUCCUCCCACCAUGUGACCUGCCACAGGAAAGCAAUACAGGCUGGGAGAACUGGGUCAGACUCUCCCUUACAGGAAGAAUAGUCAUCUGUGUGUGUCUUCCACGCCUGCCUCACAUGACCUGACAGGUCACAUGACUCUACUCAUUUUCAGUCCGUUAAACCCAGCACUAAUGCUGCUACCUUAGCCUCAACACCAGUUCUGCCCCCCCCCCCCCCCCCUUUGUCAUUAUCAAUCAGUGGAAGAGGAGAAUCGCUACAAAAAAAACCCUGAUUUCCUUGUUUUGUUUCUUUUGCUGUUUUCAGUCUGAACCCUGUUAGCCUGAACACCCCCCUCUCUACCAACGAUGGGAGUGAUGUCAGCUUAGUCAUCCUUCUCAGCCCCCCCCCCACUCCCAUCCCCCACAAUGUUGAUGCUGUCAUUUGUAUGAAAUCACAGUGCAUUAAACAGUCUUACGUUUGUAUGUUUAUGCUUUUUUUAUUAUAUCACUUCUGUCAUUGAUUUAGACCUAGACCUGUGAAAACAUUGACCAAAAAAUGUUUGUUGCAUUUUUUUAAUUUUUUUUUACAAAUAUAAAUGCAGGUAAUUCAAUGCAAUUUGAAAGCAACAUAAACAUUUUUUUAAAAGAAGCACUACAGAAGUAAAUAAUUUGUGAUACUUUCUAAGAUAGUCUGUUGACAAAUUAGUGUUUUUGAUAAUUGAAUGUAUUUCUAAUUGAUAGAAAUUCUGUGAAUGACUGCAUGCAUUUCCCCUGCAGUGAGUCUGUAGAUUUUUUUUAAAAAUUACAAUAAUCAAUAAAUGUUCUACUUUCCAAA